AUGAUCUUCCCUAAACUCGCCAUUCUAUUUUCUGUCUCUUCUGCCAUGUUGCUUGUCGCAGCUCGUCCUACACCUACUCGUUAUGUCGAUGAUUCCCCAAUGUUGUCUCUGCGGCACAUCUCAACCGCCGACCCAGCCGCAGAGAAAAGCUAA